UCUAGGCUUGUGGCACGGGGGUUUCAGCAGACAAAGGGGCAGGACUAUGAUGAGGUGUUUGCUCCUGUGGGGAAAGGAACAACACUGAGGGUGCUGUUGGCGAUAGCUGCACUCCUGGGAUGGAAGAUUCGGCAGAUGGAUAUUGUGACUGCCUUUCUGAAUGGGAUCAUUAUGGAGGAGGUGUACAUGAAGCUUGCUGGGAUGAGUGUGCAUUGAGUAUGCAUGCUUGAGAUGUGGUCUGGUCGAUGAUGGUUGGCAGCCAGAGGGGGAGAUUGUUGUGUGAUGUCAUCAUAUGCUAUCACAUUCUGUCUGCCUCCCAUCCCAUGUAUUUGUGCUAAUAGAUCUUGAGAAGAUCUUUCCGACGCAACAAGAAUCGCUUCAAUCGGAGCAAGAACGCGAAAGCUAUGAAGAUUCAAAGUUCAUGAGCUUGCGUUCCAAUUGCGGCGGUUACUAAGUGAAGUUGUGGGGUGACUUUAUCUGGAGUUGGGACCUUUGGG